AUGGAUGUAACAGCUCAAUCAUUCCCUUAUCAUCUUCCCCGGAUCCUGGACGAUCUGGCAACAUGCUGCUUUGUAUCCAUGGACUUCGAAUUUUCUGGAAUUGCUACUACUUCUUCGAACCCAAACAGGGGAUCCCAGACCCUCCAGGCUCGCUACGAAGAAGUGAAAAGCUCAGCCGAUAAAUAUCAGAUCUUACAGGUCGGGCUGACAAUCUGUCACGAGAAUACCGAGAAUGCUUCGUACACUUUGAAACCAUACAACAUAAACUUGAAUCCGAUUAUCGACCGGAGACUAGAGAUGGAGAGACACUGGUCCAUGCAAAGCAGCGCUAUUGAGUUCCUACUCGAGAACAAAUUCAGCAUCGACUCCAUCUUGAAACAGGGUGUCCAAUACCUGUCUCGAAAGGAAGAGGAACAAGCUAUUGCCAAAGCCAUCGAAAGACGUGAUCGCGUUGCAGUACACACUUCGAUUGACGUUAAAGAGACUGAACAUGAGUCAUUAGCUUUCCUUAAAGCAGUUCGCCGUCUCGUAGAUGACUGGCUCGCACUGGGAGCGACUCGCGAAGAGUACCUGAACAUCCCACCGCCAACUCGCCUUGGCGUUUCUCAGUCAUCCAGAUCUCUGCCCUCGGCCUUGAACAGAUUUCAAAAAAGGCUCGUUCACCAGUUGAUCGAGGUGGAAUAUCCUUCAUUGGUGACAAUCAGCAAACCCGAUUUCAUCCAAAUCAUCAAUUACAACGAGGAACGUGAGAGAUCCGUCCGCGAGCAAAGAGUGAUGAGGGUCCAGGAGCGGACCUGGAAGCAGACAGGUUUUAGAUGGGUAGCUGAAGCUCUAGCUGGAGGAGAUCUUACCAAUCUUGAUUCCGGCUACUUCAUUGGUAUCAUGGCGAGUUCCGCCGCUGUAGAAUCCAAAUACCCUCUCAAGGAGUUCUCAGACACACUCAAGCAGCGAUUGAAAGAGCAUCGGCCUGUUCUUGUUGGCCAUAACCUUUUCUCAGAUCUUAUCUACUUUUGCCGUUGCUUUUUUGGGCCUCUUCCAAGCAAAGUGGAAGAUUUCCAGUCGAUGGCGCACGAAUUGUUCCCUGUCUUGAUGGACACCAAAUAUAUGGCCACACAUAACUGCGGGUCUAUCAAUCCCAGGUCAUCGCUCUCAGAGCUCAACGAAAAGUUGGCUAAGAAAGCAAUUCCGAAAAUCAGCAUACACCCGCAACAUUCCAAGUAUAUUACUCGGAAGAUUGAACAUGAAGCAGGCUACGAUAGCUUGCUCACUGCCCAAGUUUUUAUCAGGCUGUCUGCUCAGCUCCGUGACGGAGGGGUAGAUCUACCGCAACAGAAGUCCACCAAAGAUGUUCGAGUCACCUCGAACUUCCAGCAAACGUAUCAGGAUGUUGCAUCUGAGGCCUAUGUUGAGGGCAGAUUGCAAACAAUACCUGGAAACGCAAAGAAGGCUUUUGAGCAGAAGUCAAGACCAAGCAGCAUAGGAUCUCCCAAAGCGCCAACGACCGGAGUCCUCGGGACAAGAUUUGAUCUACUAGAAAUUGAAGAGGCCAUUGAUGAAGUCGACAGUAAUAUACCUAUUGAUGACCGUAGAUUGUCAUUGGGCCCUACCGAAUCUGUCGAGGUCAUGCAGAAAGCUGCCAAUGGCGAGCUCAUCCCUAGGCUGGGAGCCGAUUUCUGGAAAGUAUACGGGAACAAGUUACGAGUCUUUGGCACACUGGAAAGAGUUUGCGUGAUGGGGCCUUCAACAGUCGACUCCCGAGUCUGCAGAAGCUGUCAAGAGACUCUCGUUCGCCGCAAUUACGCCUCCACUGCUGCGCCUAGUUCGGCUUCAGAAACCGCUUCAACUACCGCCUCUACAUUUCCCGUCGUCAAACCUACACACAUCAUUAAGGCCGGCGUGGUCCUAUCGCGUCCUCCGCAGAUCACCCGCGAUCUCACACCGUUCGAAAAGGCGUACUUCUUCUACCAGAAGCGGCUGAACGAGCGACUGGCACUCCCAUUCACAAAAUACUUCUAUUUCAAGCGGGGUACUCCGGCUGAUGAGGACUGGAAGCGUAAGAUUCGGGAGCGUCAAACGCCUGCACGCGAUAUCGGCAAGUAUAACGCGUACUCGCAGGAAGCAUGGAACGACGAAUUGCUGGUCGGGGCUGUUGAGUCCGAACCAGAUCAUCAGAUUGAGAUGCUUGUGCAGGAUGCAGAGGCUACUGUGAAUGCCACUUCUCAAGAUACCAGCAAGAAGGAGGAAAUUCCCAGACCGUUCCCCCGCGUGACGGAGGCGGACCAGAAGAACGACCAGAAGAGCCUGAACCGGGCUCUGCCGAGAACCCUCUAUCUUCUUGUCCAGACCAAGGAGGGAUUCUGGAAACUCCCCAGUUCGCCGGUCGAGACAGGGGAGUCCCUUCGCGUGGCCGCCGAACGUACCCUGGAACAAUCUGCUGGUGUGAACAUGAACACCUGGAUGGUGGGCUAUCACCCUGUUGGCCACCAUGUUUACAACUUCCGACACCCCAAGACCGACCCCGCAACUGGCCAACAAUGGUUCGGCGAGAAGACAUUCUUCAUGAAGGGUCGUAUCAUGGCUGGACAGGCCGACCUGUCCUCCAACGUGCAGAAUCUCCAGGACUUCAAGUGGCUGGCUAAGGAGGAGAUUGCCAAAUUCGUGCUCCCCCAGUACUACAGCAACAUCAAGAACAUGCUGGCUGAGCGGUAA